UGCUCAGCAUGGCCAGCACCUGUACAGCAUGUCUGAGGUGUGCUGUAUGUAUGAGUCUCCUACUCCACCUCGCGUUUUGUUUCGCUUACUGGAGUAUUAUACGUCUGCAAGUCUGCAACUGCAAUAUGAUACACUACCACUAUGGAGAAGGCCGGAAAGGGCAGGCUGUGUUCUCUGUUGUAUAAUGGAGACGCGAGCUGCCCGGCCGGCCGGGUCCAGCGCCCCGGGACGAAUGUCGGAGGGGCCCUGUCCAGCCCUAUGCCCUGAUGAGAGGCCUAAAAAAGCCUUAAAGAGUCGCGCGCUUUUGCAGUUUCUCAGCUAGCGCUGCUGAUGCCGAGGCCGGCCGGCGGAAAAGAUACUGCCCACUUUCAAGAGUCUCCUCUCAGUCUCACUACAUAUACACAUUUUGUUCUCUGUUAUCUUCCUCUCUCUCUCUUCUCAAGACUUGUGUAGAUUAAUCCAUCUAUCGCCUCUAGUGAGUGUUGUGUUGCUGUCGUCUCUCUUGGCCAUGGGAGCGUGCGCGACCAAGCCGGGUGACCUCAAGGUCAAGGGCGACGCGCCGCUGGUCGUGGAGGACGCCGCGGCGCCACUGCCGGCUGCCGACGAGAAGACGAAGGCCGCCGAGGUCGACCAGGCCGAUGUCAGCCGCCGGAGGUCUCUCAGCGUCCUGCUCAAACAGGACGCGGAGGCCACUGAUGGGGAGGCCGACCAGCAAGAGGCAGACAAGGUCGUGGGCGUGGCUGAGGAGGAGCCAGCGAGUGCUGCUGCCGCUGCCGCUGCCGGGGAAGAAACGAUGGGAUCACCGCAAGCACCAGUGCAGGCCACGGUCGACGCAACAACCGAGCACGACGGCACGGCCGAAGAACUCAAGGAUGAUGAUCUUCCCAGUGGCGACGCACAUGCGGCGGCGGAAGAAGAGAAGCGGGUGGAUCCUGAAUCUGUCCAUGUUGCUGCUGUCACUGUCACUGCUGCUGCCCCAAGUUCUGAGGAGAGCAAGGUUGCUGCUGCUGAUGCUGCGGCCGCCCCAAUUUCUGAGGAAAGCAAGGUUGCUGAUGACGAUGGUGCCUCUGCCUGAAAAAUAGGACAUCGUGUUGUGAUUCUUUGUUCGUUCCUCUCUCAUUUUCUUUUUCUUAUUUUUUCGCUGGCGAGGUACUACGCUAGUACGCUUUAAUGUCGCGAGAUUGAUAGCAAGGUUCCUGCUGCUGCUGCUGCUGCUCUGGAACAGUGGGAAACACUGCUGUCUUGCUCCGUUGUGUUCUGGGCCGGGGUGUGCAUCGCUGGAUUUUAUUGUUGUUUCAAUUGAUUUUUCUAGGAGGUACUCCGUGCAAUCAAGCUGUAUUUUCUAUGAUGCUUCGAACGACUUACAUUUGCAAUUA